UUUAUGGAAAAAAUAUAUGUAUAUAACAGGAUUUCAAGCACCACGAAAAAUUGAUUUUCCGUCGUCGUAGUGUUGGUGGCGUUGGAGGUGGCUUUAUGUAUUUUUAUAAUGGGACUCAAAGAGAUAUUUCAAUGUAAGGUAGAUUGUUUACCUGUGUAUAAGUAGUAGAGGGUUAUUAUUCAAUUACGGUAGAGGUGAAGGGUACAGGCAGGUGCUCGUAUCGUAAUAACCGUUGCAGUGUAAGAGACAUUUACAGGUUCUCCAUGCUACAUGCCAUAUGAGUCAUUAGUGGAAUACAUUACACACGUGUGUCUGGUUAACAUUUUUGUAAAGACUCCUAUAUAGGUGGUUUAAAAUCCCGGGAACGAUAUAGUAUCCUUGAGCAACGAGACAUUAUAUCUGGACGAUAGGUGUGAUAUAUAUGCACACCUGGAUAUUUUACCUGGUCGCUUUCAGGUGAAUGUAUAAAGGUUUUCAACGCCAGUCCGUAAAGAUAACUACUACACGGGACGGGGUAUCGGAUGUAUAUGUCAUAAGGGACGUCCCCUUUCUAGAAACAACAUGGCGCAAGGAAACAGUUCGUCUAAACAAAUUGUGGUGACAAAUCGGCGAAAGAAUCCCUCUCAACAGGCCGAAUUAGAGGCAAUAACAUCACCGCGACAAACACUUGGUAAGAAACCACACCCCUCUCGAUUCGAAGGAGGCGUGCAGAUUUCGUUGGAAACGUCGGAAACGCUGAUAUCUGCUAAGAAAUCUAGCAAGAAAAAAUCCAAAAAUUCUAAGAAAGGUGAAAAUUCCAAAGCAAAGGAUAGAGAGACAUUAAAGAAUGUGAAAGAUUCCAGUGCAAAUGAAAAUGUUAUUCCGAAGGAUAAAUUUAGUAGUCCGGUUAAACUUAUUCCUAGACCUGGAUCCGAGGAUAGCGUUAGUUCGUCGAUGAGACAGGAAAGGGAACGAUUGUCUUCCCGGAAAGAAAGUUCGUUCUCCACCUACAUUGAGAUUACCCAUAAUGCAUCUCAGGACCUUAUAGUGGUAGAAAACGCCGAUUCGGAUUGGUCUGACUCUGUUGAGCUUAUUCCGGAAGUUGAAAAUGUGGAACCCCUAAAAACUGCAAAACCGGAAGUUGAUAAAUUAACUGGAGAAAAUGAAGCAAAACCAAGGACGAAAAAAAGGCGCGAUGAAAAGGGACGACUAAGGUCAAACUCUGCCAAUGACAAGGACGAGCUUGAGGAUCGAGCGAAACACGUGAUUUUGAUAGAUUUGGAGACGAUUACACAGGAAGUGCAUGCUGAACCGAUUUAUGUCCCUUACGACAUAUGGGAGCCCAAACGACGCACGCGCAAGAAGGGCAAGCAGACGAUGGUGCGCGUGGGGGGAGGCUUCAUGGACUUGCCAUACUAUCUCCACUACCACGUGCCAAUAAAGGUCUACCAGCUUAAACCGUACGCCCAGCUCUUCAACAAACAUAUGCUCAUGAUCAAGUCUAAACGGCCGGAAUCGGCCACAGACCACAAACAAUAUGACCGGCCGAGCUGGACAACCAUGAACAAAGGUUUCAAAGCCUUUGCACGUAUAUGAAACAUCUGAGGGACCACGAACAGAUUCCUAAAAUUGACGAUUGCUACCGAACAUUUACGAAUCUAAAUCGGAAAUAGACGAUUGAGAUUCAACAUUUCCAAACAAAGAUGGUGGCAGAAAGUCCCGUACAUGGAAGAUAUAUUCAAAGUGUUACUUCAUACAGAAAAUAUAGAGAUGUGUUAAAUAAUUGAUUUAAGAUGGGAGAAAAUCAAUAUCUGUGAAAGAAAUUGCCUCUAAUGUACUGUGAUACCUAUAAGAAAUGUGUCAUACAUGAUAUUUGUCUAUAUAUUUGUUCUGUGGUAACAUAGGCUUUGUUUAAGGAGAUGAGAUUGGAAACCACAGGGGCCAAACACAUCGUUGUAUUGGUCUUAAAAGCAGCAUCAUCCAUAUUCUCAAAUAACGUUUUUCAUUGAUAGCAUGUGUCUAGCCCCUGUGAUAUCAGUACUGCCGAGGUUGUUACCGUAAUUCCUCGGUAUGAUAUAUUACGUAUGCUAUUGCGUGUUAAUUUGUGUGUUAGUGUACGGAAACCGUAUAGCUCAACGGCCCGAUAUGUAUUACUUCAAAAAUCAAAAAAGAAAUCUAUCGGACUUUUUAAAGCUACGAUUUCUGCAGCUAGUGUGUUGUGCGAACGCGACUGGACAUACUGUCAUAUUUUUUUUAAUUAAUAGCCUUUAUUUACCAUGAUUCAUAUUGACAUUGGAUUUCAGUAUCAAUAUAUGUAACACCUUAUAAAUAUGUCUUUAAUUAAUUGAUUAAUCAGUUAAAAAUCAACAUUAUAUUUUUAAAUAUUUUAUGUAUUUUUUGGUGUAGAACUCUUUUGUGGAGAUUUAUGUCAUUGUCACGUAGCAUAUUCCCUUAAUAGUCGCCGUUAUAGAACUCGACCUCCGGACUUGUUCGGCACACUGCUAUCCGAGUCGCUAGUUCACCAACCUUACACAUUUAUUAAAGAUACUAUUUUUCAAGCGUCCCGUAGUACAGACUUGUUUGUGAGAGUAAGGUUAAGACUAAGAAAUUGAGCGUCUGUGAAACAGAGAUAUACUGUAAAUGUAGAUAUUUUAGCGGUAUUCUCAUUUUAGCUCUUUUCGCACUUGAAUUAUUGCUCCAAAUCAUGAAUGCGCCAAAUAAAGUUUUUGCAUGAUGUUCUCGAUAAAAUAUUUUUGGGAUGCGCCAAUACAUCAACGCGCUAAUCUAUUAAAAAUCUAUAAUGCGCUAAAAUCAGAGAACGCUAAAAUAACUGAUUAUGUUGUUUUGGGGUAUUUUUACGAAGACGAACCGAAGAUUACAAGUAGCCUUACAAGUAUUUUACCGGAAAUAACAAGCGGCCCACCAACACGGUAAAAACAGUUUUCAUUUGUAUUGUAUGUCAUGCUAAAAAUUUAUUAAAUAUAACAUGUAUGCUAUAUUAUAUAGUGUAAAUUUUAUAAAUCAUACAUAUAUAAAGUUUUGUCAUCACAAUUAUGAUAUUAAAAGUUUCAUCCAGUGUAUGUGUCAUACAUUAAGUUGUUAUUACAGAUAUCUAUGUAUCAUGACAGGGGCUACACAUAUCCUACUUAUUCAAUUAAACGUUAUUUAUUUUAAAAUAAUUAUGAAAUAUUUUUUAUCAAAUGGAGGACAACACCAAACUCGUCUUUUCAGAAAAGAAAAUCCACGAG